UGGCAAGCCCAAGUGUGUUUCCAUGGCAACACUGUGGUUUCGAUCAUGCCCUAUGACGAGCAGAAGUGCUGAUGACGUCAGAGAGAGGGUUUAAAACCUCAGGCGCCUCUGUGCUGAUGCUCUGAAGCCUGAACCAUGACCUGGACUCUCACCAUCUCAGGAUCUCUGUGUGUGUGCAUCACCGCUGUCAUGCUGCUCCACUCUUCUCCCACCACGGCUCAUCCCAAAACAGAAGUCACAGCGCCUAUGAUCGUCAACAUAGCACACAAACGUUUAGGCACCAGCUACAGAAUCACCUGCAAAGUGAACCCUGGAGGACUGAAAGACGAGACGAUGGUGUACUGGCUGGCUGACGGCCACUUUUUAGAGGAGGUCUAUAAGAACAUCAAUGUGACGAAAACAGAGAAAAAGUCCAAUGACGGGACGGAGUACCUCCACACCAAGGUGGUGUUCACAGACCUUUCUCAAAAAGACUUCCACACCAAUUUCACCUGCAUAGCCAUGAAUCCAGCCGGGUUUGCCAAAGAAAACGUCCGAAUCAAAAAAGUUACAAGGCGCUGACUGACCUGGGUGUGUUUUUAACUUCUCACUCGUGAUGUUUUAGUAUUCAACUUGAAUCGUGUAAAUAGAUUUCAUCUCUAUGACUGAAAAAGAAAGAAAAAUACAGCUAUAUUUGUGUGUGUGUGUGUGUGUCUUAAAAAUACCAAAGACCUCUUUCUGAAUUAUUGUAGGAUGCCUCUAAAAUUAUUUAUUCCUAAAAGCCUCUUAAAUGUGACUCAGCAGAAGUUUCUGUCUGGAUGAAGAUCUACUUCAAAUCUGUUUUUACUUUAGGAGUUAUACUGUGUGAAAGAGUUUACUGUUGCAUUAUUUUGCAUUUAUUGUCAUAUUAAUGUAUGAUUUAUGAAGCUGAUGGUUAGUUUUAGUGAGCAGUUUCAGCUGUGCUGGAAAAUAUCUUCAGAUUAAAUUAACUUAAAUUGUUUACUUGUACAAGGUUAAUGACUAAA